AAAAAAAUUAUAAUAAUAAGAUGAGUGACAAAAAGAGUUCGGAUGCCCCGUCUUCUCAUUCGAAGAACGGUUAAGGCAUCCUACAUCUCUACCCCUUCCCCGACGCGGCCUCAUGAGGGGCACCAGUGAGGCAGUGGAAUAAAUCCCAGCUGCGAUUGUGGUGACACCCCGACUCGAACUCACCUCGGGAAAUUCCAGGACGUUGACAGAGCUUUUACCACUCUGGCACCGUCCCUUCUGGUUCAGAUGGGUAGUGUUUGACUUCCUAUUUAUGUUUGGUGGACAGUGAAUGAAAAGGGCAAGCGAAAGAAGGAGCUGUGUGGUAUAUCCGGGCAAACGAAACGUGAAUGGACCUAUAUACAAGAUGUGAACCCUCAGGGCUAUGGCUAUGUGUCAAGCUAUGAUGGCGCCAUGCCAGUUGUUGGACGAGAGCCCUUGAACGCACUCUUGAUCUUUGCAAGCCCCUUUCCUCCAUCUGACAUGGUUCCGUUGGCAACAGAAGACGUCUACUACGUGAAACCUGGCCUGGUCACAGGCUUGGAACAGAUCAAAAUGCCGUCGUCUAUUUUGCUCCGGGCGUAUACUGGUUUACAGGCUCCGCGCACGCCAUUCUCAGUGAGACUGUCAGCUGGGUCUACAAUGCACCCGGAGCGUUUGUCAAAGGUGCCGUGCAAUGCAAGAAUGGCAACACUCGCCCCUCAAGGCGUCUGGAUUCGGUGUCAUUUCGGGCUAGCAGUAUGUUUACCAAGCAUACCCUGCGGAUAACUAUCGAAACAACAAGUCAGAUGCCACCUCAUUCAAAAUGUGACGCGGAGAAGGCGUGACAGUUGGGCAAUGCCUGACCACGAACGCUCCUCCAUUCAAUGUCAUGGACUUUUACGGCGACCUCGAUCACUUUUCGUCAUCAGCGAUUGAUUACAAGCAAACGGGCAGCCUGUUUACUCAGACAGACGGCCUGCAGAUGUAUCCCAACAGCCAUCUUCAGGACGAUUUCUAUCACACGGGCGAUGACAGUAUCAAGACUUAUUAUUCAAACAUCAAUGCGAC